UUUUCGGUUUCCGCCGGAAGCCCCUCCCUGUUAGCUUUAGCUAGUAGCUGUUUGGGGCACGAAACUGUGAAGAAACUGUCAAACGGGGAAGAAUAGUUGUUUUUUAAAAAAACGAGAUGAGCGCAGACGCGGACAGCAGAGGACCGCGGUGACCGAAUGUGUCACCCUCAACAGCCACCCCUUACGACAAUUUAGUCUUUGUGUGUCCACGGUGGAUUAUGCAACCUUUCCUCUCCUGACUGUUCAACUUCCUGACACAUGAUGGGCUUUGGUCGGGAUCUGAGAAAUUCCCAUGAGGGACUACUGAAGCUGCAGGACUGGGAAUUAAAGGUGCUGGAGGCCGUCAAACGUUUCAUGACUCUGCGUGUGAAGAGCGACAAAGAGUAUGCCGCCCUGCUGCUCAGCAUGACUCAGCAGAUGGAGAAACAUGAAGCAGCAGACUACGUCAGCACCGUCAGCAAGUCUUGGUCACAGGUGGUGCGUCAGACGGAGGUGCUGAGUCGCGUCAUGAGGAGUCACGCGGAUGACCUGAACUCGGGUCCUCUGCACCGCCUGGCCACACUCAUCCGAGACAAGCAGCACGUGAAGAAGAGCUACCAGAGUCUUCAUCAACUGCUGGAAAGCCACAACCACAAGGUUACCAGGAGCGACCUGGACAAGCUGAAGUCCACUUAUCGGCAGCUGGGCCGUGACGCCAACAACGCCAAAGAGAAAUACAGAGAAGCUCUGAGUAAAGGUCGGGAGGCCGAGCGUGCUCACGAGCGUUACGACAAAGCCACAGCCAAGUUACACAACCUGCACAACCAGUAUGUGGUGGCGGUGUGCGGUGCUCAGACACAACAAGAAGAACACCGACGGCAUGCGGCGCCCGCUCUGCUGGACGCCCUGCAGAGGAUGCAGGAGGACAUGACACUGGCUUUGAAGAACAUCCUGGAGGAGUACUGUGAGAUCAGCAGUCUCCUGACGGAGGAAGUUGUUAAAGUCCAUCAGGAGAUUUCAGCAGCCGUUGAGCAGAUUGACCCGCUGGUAGAGUACCAGCACUUCAUCGAUGCCUACAGGUUGCCAUGGUCUCCAGAGAUCCCAGAGGCCAGUGUGGAGUUUGACACGUCUGUGUUGGAUGAAACUGACAAUCUGCCAGCCAAUGAGAUCCUCUGGAACACACUGACGGCCGACAGUCUGCAGACCAUGUUGUCCUCUGCGACGGAGGAGCUCGCACUGACCCAGCAAAACCUGAGGACCAAAGAGGCCCUGGUGGACGACCUGGACUCAAAGAUCCAAAGGAGUCAAGAGAACACUGGCAGGAAGAGCGACUGCGUCCUCCUCCUCAGUCAGAAACUGUCUCUCCUCGAGCUCCGUCAAACUGUCCAAUCACUGCGCGGCUCGGAAGCCCGCCUCUUGUCACAGAAGGCCCUGUUGGACACCAAGAUCACCACCGCCUCCCCGCCCCCAGCGCCGCCGCCUUUUGCUCUUCCCUACGAGGACGACACUCGCUCCAUUGGCUCCACUGAUAAAAGUAAGGAGAAGAGUUCACGUUUUGACACACUGCGACACUCCCUGGCCGGAAUGAUUCGCUCGCCAAAAGCCAUGUUGGGCUCGUCCUCCUCGCACUUCUUUGACGUGAUCCCGUCCUCGGAGCGUCCCCUGGCGGAGCAGGAGUGGUACCACGGCGCCAUUCCUCGUACUGAGGCCCAGGAGCUACUACGACAGCAGGGUGACUUUCUGGUGAGGGAGAGCCAUGGCAAACCGGGCGAGUACGUUCUAUCGGUGUUCUCUGACGAGCAGCGGCGACAUUUUAUCAUCCAGUUUGCUGACAGUCAGUAUCGCUUUGAGGGGACGGGCUUCGCCACUAUCCCUCAGCUUAUCGAGCACCACUUCUCCACCAAGCAGCUCAUCACCAAAAAGUCUGGCGUGGUGCUCCUCAACCCUGUCGUCAAGGAUAAAAAGUGGAUCCUCAACCAUGAAGACGUGGUGCUGGGCGAACUACUGGGCAAGGGAAACUUUGGUGAGGUGUUCAAAGGGACAUUGCUGCGUGACAAAACGCCCGUGGCCGUUAAAACCUGCAAAGAAGAUUUACCUCCAGAACUCAAGAUCCGCUUUCUGUCCGAGGCAAGGAUCCUCAAACAGUACGACCAUUCCAAUAUCGUCAAGCUGAUUGGCGUGUGCACUCAGAGGCAGCCCAUCUAUAUCGUCAUGGAGCUGGUUCCUGGUGGAGACUUCCUGUCAUUUCUGAGGAAGAAGAAAGACGAGUUGAAGACCAAGCAGCUUGUACGUUUCUCUGUGGACGCUGCCGCGGGCAUGGCGUACCUGGAGAGUAAGAAUUGCAUCCACAGGGACCUGGCGGCCAGGAACUGUCUGGUCGGCGAGGGGAGCGUGCUGAAGAUCAGCGAUUUUGGGAUGAGUCGUCAGGAAGAUGACGGUGUUUAUUCCUCAUCCGGACUCAAACAGAUUCCCAUUAAAUGGACGGCACCGGAAGCGCUCAAUUACGGUCGUUACAGUUCAGAGAGCGACGUGUGGAGUUACGGCAUCCUCCUGUGGGAAACCUUCAGUCUGGGGGUGUGUCCUUAUCCGGGGAUGACCAACCAGCAGGCCCGAGAGCAAGUGGAGAAGGGUUACCGGAUGGCGUGUCCUCAGCGUUGUCCUGACGACGUGUACAAAGUCAUGCAGCGUUGUUGGAAGUACAACCCGGAAGAACGACCCAAGUUCUCGGAACUGCAGCGAGACUUUGCCGCCAUCAAGAAGAAGUGAGGUCGUCCUGGACAGGAAAUGCAGCCUUGUUUUGAUGCGUUUGUGACUGAGGUUAAAAAGACCGUGUGAACGUGCCAUACAUAUAGAACUUGAUGCCACACGUAUGUCAGCAUCUGGCAACCACAUCUGGCAGUGUCAGCGAACAGGAAGUGUGUCAGUCAAACAGCGGCUCAGUAUGCCAAGGUGUGCAUGCAAGCAUGACUUGGAUGGGGAGAUAUCCCAAAAAAAAACAGCAAUUUAGAGCCACCGAACAUGCAAUAGGACGGGACCUCAUCCUGUCAAUCAAUCGACAGAAAUUUGAUAUCACAAGGAACGUAUAUCAUAUCAGGACUUUUUAAAAUGGUAUUUAUAUUGUUUUUAGUGAUUCCUGAGUCCAGCAGACCACAACCAAAAUGAGCAGCGGAAAAAUCAACAUAUUAUUUAUUUGUUGGGAAAAAAAUGUUCAAGGGUGACAUUUUGCUGACAGAUGGUCAGCACACACUCCAUGUUCUCUUGAUCUUCUGAGUGAUGGAGGAUGGAGCUUGUCAGCCGACCUCACGGUCUGACAAUGCUUUUUUUCAUGUUAGUGCCACGUGACUAAGCCUUUUACAAGAUCUUACUGAUACAUGUAUCAUGAGAAUAAAAUGUCAACUCCCGGCAGCCUCAGUCACCCCACUGAUGUGCCUUUGAGCAUCACACUGCAGCCAUAAAUAACGUUAGUAAUCCCCUUGGAGCUAUUGUGACAGUAGCACUGUAGAUUUUCAUAUUUACACGUUAUUAAAACUGUAAACUUCCAAAGAGUGUGGGCAGGGUGGCCGGUUUGGGGUGUGGCUUGUAGCCGAUACGUUCGUUGAUAAGCUCCACCCUCGAUGCGACUGAAGAUGACGAAGCCUCCGCCCCGCAGCCGUCCACACCCAUGACAGAAGCCCCGCCCACUCCACCUCCUGAUUCCGCCUCUUCGCGCUGACGCUUCCGGGCCUGAAAAUAAAUUUGCCACGUAUUUUC